AUGUCCUCCGCCGGAGUCACCGUCGCGGACGGCGGUCCACAGAUAUACUUCUGCCACCAAUGUGAGCGCACGGUCAGCAUCAACCCCUCCCCCACCGGCGAUCUUCUUUGCCCCUCAUGCCUCUCCGGCUUCGUUGAAGAAUACCAAAACCCUAACCCAAGCAUACCCGACCCGUUUUCCUCGGACGCCCUCUCCCCUUUCCUCCGCCACUUCCUGUCACCUUCUGCUUCCACCCGUGUUGUCCUGCAAAACCCGAGAGGCGACACUGCCCGAGAAUCUCUCUUCGGGUUUGCCCCUGAUGACCGUCAGUCAACCAUCGGGUCGGACGAUUUUGAUCCGUUUUCGUAUCUGAUGAGCAUCCUGGCCUCUCAACGGGCCAGUGGGGUCAACUACCAGUUCGUGGUUGGGAACCAACCUUCAGGGUUUUCACUGCCGGCUGACAUGGGAGAUUAUUUCAUGGGGCCAGGAUUCGAGCAGUUGAUCCAGCAGUUAGCGGAAAAUGAUCCAAACAGAUAUGGAACACCUCCAGCCUCCAAGUCGGCCGUUGAGGCCCUUCCUGGCCUUAAAGUGGACGAGACUUUACUGAAAUCGGAGCUGGCACAAUGUGCGGUAUGUAAGGAUGACUUUGAGUUGGGAACAGAGGUGAAGCAGAUGCCCUGCAAGCAUGUCUAUCACGAUGAUUGCAUUAUGCCAUGGCUGGAGUUGCAUAACUCAUGCCCAGUGUGUCGCUAUGAGCUUCCAACAGAUGAUCCAGAUUAUGAGAGCAAGGCCACAGCCUGGGGUACUUCGGGUAAUUCCAGUGGAAGUGGAUCAUCUCAGGGCAAUGAUGCUAAUAACAAUAAUGAUAAUUCAGCCGAGGAUUCUCAGGGACGAAGGAUAGGCGAGAGGAGCAAAACCGAGAAACUAACUAAACACAGUUCAGCUUGUCUGGUUGCACGGUUUCAGCUUGUCACCAUGGGCAGGGAUAUGUUUUACAUGCAGAUCAGUACGAGCUCAGCCAAUAUGGCGAGUCAACUUGCUUAUAGCAAAUUGCACUUUAAAAGAGAACUGAAUCGGCGGCCGAUGGCGGAGCUCGGAACCUCGCACUCCGCUCACAGGACAGAGACGAAUGGAGAACACAAGGAAAAAACUGAAGCACAAAAUUCCCCAACAAAUUCGCAGCAAACAGUUUCUGAUGAUGAUGAAAUAGACUACUCCAUCAAGCCUGAAUUUUAUGAUCCCAAACUCGAUGACAAGGAUGAAUUAUGGGCCCAAAAGAAAAGAAAAGGCCACACUUCUGAUGCUGUCCUCAGCUGCCCGGCUUGCUUUACUACCCUUUGUCUAGAUUGCCAAAGGCAUGAAAAAUAUGUGACCCAGUACCGCGCAAUUUUUGUAGUAAACUGCAAGAUUACAAGUGAGAAAUUGUCAGAACCAGGCAAUAAGCGAAAACGGAACAGAAGAGGGUCUCAGAAUGAAGCUGGUUCUGUUGCUGCUGAAACAUUUAAACGGGUUUGCUGUUCAGUCUGUUCAACAGAUGUGGGAGUAAUCGACGAGGAGGAAGUUUAUCAUUUCUUGAAUGUUCUUCCAAGUGAGGCUUGA